AUCCACUUGGCCUAAAUUCCUCUUGCCACGUGGCACUAGCUAGACCACCACAUUUGCCACGUCAUGGAUUUGAGGUCUGGGAGAGCUAUGGCGGCCACGCUCCUCGAUCAUCCUCCCACUCCUGUGGUCCAAAAAUCCCACCAUCCAGCAUCGCGAUCGAUCAUCCAGGUUAGUGCGCAUCGAUCGAUCAUCCGGCCUCUCCAGAAAUCCCGCCUCGUAGCAAUCCGGCGAUGGGCGGUGGACAACGAUGUGGUAGCAAGCGAGCAGGACGAUGGCGAGAUUGAUUUGGCGCUCCCGCUGGAGAAUGUGGAUCGCAGGAGAGAGGAGAAAUUCGCCGUCCGCGAUCUGGGCAAGCACCAAUGCCGCUCCUGCGGCUACGUCUACGAUCAAACCGUGGGCGAUCCGUCCUACCCCAUCGCGCCGGGAGUGGAAUUCGCGCAGCUGCCCGAGGAUUGGAGAUGCUCCACUUGCGGCGCCGCCAAGUCCUACUUCAAUAGCAUCAGCGUGGAAGUGGCCGGAUUCGCCGAGAACCAGAGCUAUGGAUUUGGCACCAACACUCUCACAUCCGGCCAGAAGAGCUUGCUCAUCUAUGGAUCGCUCGUCUUCUUCUUUAUCCUCUUCCUCAGUGGCUACUUUCUCCAAUAGGAAGAAGAAAUGGGAAUAACACAGAUAUUCCAAGAA